AUUUCCGGUGGUACAGCUUAGCAAACGUACCGGAAUACAACUAACUCGGGUUCGUUUAUGAAAGAUUAUUUACUUUGAGGAAGCGCGUCAACUAACUCGUCCGCUUGUUUCAGGGAAAGUGAAAGCAGCACGUGACCGGAAGUGAUGCUGGUGGCCUGGGGGUUUUCAUGGCCCGCCAGGUGAGACGUAGUCUGUCACAGCAGGGAGGCUUUGGCGCUUUGUGGUUUCCUUUCUUCUACCUUUGCUCACCUGACGAGGCUCACAUAGGAGCUCGGACAAAAGGGGCGUGGUAAAGGCGUGCUUGGAGGGGCGUGGCCAUCAAAGCGCUUGUUAAAAAAACAGCGUGGACGAGCGUGUGUUUGUUUGUUGGCUUUUCUCCUCCUUUGUGCUCGUUUCCGGUUCGCUUGUCCAUUUUCCUUCGGGCCUUCGGGGGAGGAGGCGAGCGGCAAAAUGGAGAGUGUCCCUUUAAGACGCCGGCCUUCCCGCGGCGGCUGGGACUGACGCCCCGUGUGUGUUCCGGCGCGCGCACGACACACGCACGCCCACAGGCCGAAGGAAACAUCACCUGGAAAGAACAAAAAGAGAGAAAGUUCGGGAAAGAAAGAAGUUCUUCCUCAGUCUGGUGUUCCAGUGCCGUGCUGGUGAGCCGUUAGGAUGAGGCCCGGUCAUCUGAUCCUCGCCGCCGCCGCCACCGCCGUCCUCGUCCUCCUCUCAGCGCUGCCCGUGACCUCGGCCUGCAACAAAGCUCUGUGCGCCAGCGACGUCAGCAAGUGCCUCAUCCAGGAGCUGUGCCAGUGUCGUCCAACCGAUGGCAACUGCUCGUGCUGCAAGGAGUGCAUGCUGUGUUUGGGCAACCUGUGGGAGGAGUGCUGCGACUGCGUAGGGAUGUGCAACCCCAAAAACUACAGCGACUCUCCGGCCACGUCCAAGAGCACGGUGGAGGAGCUGCACCGCCCCAUCCCCUCGCUCUUCCGUGCCCUCACGGAAGGCGACGCCCCCGUCAACAUGAUGGUGGUCUCCUUCCCUGUGGCCGAGGAGCUGUCCCACCACGAGAACCUGGUCUCCUUCCUGGAGUCUCUGGACGGCCCCCACCAGAACGUGUCGGUGGCCGGCAACAGCAUCCACGCCAGCUACGAUGCUCAAGAGAACAUGUGCACCGUGGUGUACUUUGACGACUGCGUGUCCAUCCGCCAGUGCAAGCUGUACUGUGAGUCCAUGGGGGGGUCCAAAUACCGCUGGUUCCACAACGCCUGCUGCCAGUGCAUCGGGCCCGAGUGCGUGGACUACGGCAGCAAGGCGGUCAAGUGCAUGAACUGUCUCUUCUAAGGAUCUAAGGACUACCCCCCCCCCCCCCCCCCCCCCGCUUUUCCUCUGCUGUUGACUGUAUAUUUUUACCUACUUUGAUUUCACUCAUCCUUUCAUUAGAGGUGUAUAUUAUAAUGUAUUUUUACAAGCUAAAUCACAGUCUGGACUAAAUAAACUUGGGCUGAAGGAACUUUGCUUUCUUCCUUUCCCGGUGGGGGUGCGCUAAUCUUAGCCUGCUGGCAACCAAGUCAGGAAACGCAUCAUUUCCUGGAGCAACAAGGCCGCCAUUAUGGCCUCCUCAGCCGCAGGUGUUCUCCUGCCCGCUGACAGAGCCAGAAAAAAGGGGGCAAGGGCAGCG